AUGUUAACAAGAUUUUAUUAUUCGAAUGCAAUCCUCAAUAUUCAACGUGAAAAGCAAAUAAAUAUAUAUUCAGGUCCAUUUUUACGAACAAUAUUUUCCAAAUUAGAAAAUAUGUUACAAAAUUCGUUAUAUGUUAAUCUAUUAUUAACGGGUAUUUUAGCACGAUUAGCACAUUAUUCUCAACCAUUAUUACGCUCACUGUUACUCAAUCAUAGCCUAGUACUUGAAACCAAUGUUAAAUCACUUUUUCAAAUUCUUUCAAAUCUCAAAUCAAAACUCGAAACAAUAUCUCAAACAUUUAAUGAUUUUAAUAAUCUAAUUGAAUUAGCACAUGGUACAUUAUAUCAAAGAGAAAACACUGCGAGAGAAUUUGAUGAAACACAAAAACGAACAUGUACACCGUCGCGAACACGAUCAAAAUCGACUGAACUAGAUGAAGAUGAAGAACGAGUUUUUUUCGAAACUCGACGAACACCUAUAAAAGAACGUUCAUCAAAACGAAGUCGUAUAUUAGACUUCUUUCGUGGUCGUGGUCGACCAGCUAUUCCAGCAGAUAAAAAUUCAAAUGAUAAUCAACAAUUUCAUAUUUCUUUUAUCGAUCAAACAUCGUUGAAAUUUAUUAAUAUUCGCGAUAAUAUUGUCACGCAGCCAAUCAAUGAAUGGGAUGAUCCAAAAACUCGGAAUAUAGCUUAUUGUGCUGUUAUUUAUAAUGAAUUUCUCAAAGAACUGGCUGCAAUAACACUAGAACACAGUGUACAACAAUUUGAUGACGAUCAAAUAUUUGAUGAUAUAUUACCGAUAUCAUUAAUGCUUUAA